AUGGAAAAAAAAAAAAAAAUCGCGUCUUCGCUGAUAAAAAAAAUGCCAACCAAAAAAAAAAAAAAAAUCAAUACAUCCACCCUUCUCCGACCUUACUUGCCUCCCGUUGAACAAACUACAACUAUGAAUAUUCCAUCGACUCCUAAUUCAAAAACUAAUAAAUUACGUGACAUGCAAAUGAAUAUACCAUCAUCUCCUCCCACAAAUGCUCUUGAUCAAAUUUUUCAGCACCAACGAGAACGUGCAGAAACUAUGAUGAAACCAUUAUCAUCAUCUUCACCAAUCAAAUCAGACUCCGACGCGUCCCUGCCUUUUCGAGUUGGAAGCAGAGGUAGGUAUAAUCAUCAUGCUAUUGAUUCACCUCGCUCCCAAAAUUUCAAUCUCCGUAAUAAACACAACAAAUUACGUCAGGUACGAAACCAGCAUCGUCAUGAUAAACUAAUGUUACAAAGAGAGGCAAUUGAUAGUAGGCAAUUCAGAGAGGACGUCUUAAACAAGUAUGAGACUGAAUACAAGGAAGUUACCAAUAAUUUGAACAUUGAUCAAUUAAUUGAAGAUGAACAAGAAAUCGUGGAAGGUGAUGAAUUGUUGAACUAUCUUGAUGAAGCUGAACAAAGAGAAUGGGAAGAAGAUGCUGAAUUAAUUGAUAUGAUUCUGAGUUUGGAAAUAUCACAAUCAUAA